AUGUUGUGGCUGCUGCUGCUGGAGGUCUGGGCGAGCUGCCUCUGGCUGGGACACAGCGAGGUGGUGAAGUCCUUUGCGAGUUGUCCUCAGUAUUUCUACGAGAAUACCCCCCCAAAUAAUGCUCUGCUGCCGCAGAACCCAGCCUGGAUCUGCCAGCGCUACAACAACAGUUAUCACUAUGCCACCCUGUAUGACAUAAACAGUCGUAUUCCCGUGUACUCUGCUUACAUCUACCAGCCUGGACCUGGCACGAGGCAUGACAAGUGGAUGGUUGAGCCCCAGCUGAUACGGAACAAUUUGCCCAAAGAGAUGGAAACAGAGAAGACCCUCAGCAAAAACUACAACAUCACCUCACAGCAAAUUGGCCAGAAUCAGGCUGUCAAUGCAGACUACAAGAACCUGACUGGUUUGAACCGGGGCCAUUUGAACCCCAAUAGCCAUCACAACAGCAAUAGCAGUAAGAAUGCUACCUUCACCCUCACCAACAUAGUGCCCCAGAACAGCAUCCUCAAUGGUGGUGCCUGGAACGACUAUGAGCAGAAUACGAUGGCCAACGAAAGCAAGGGGUGUAUCAGCAACACCACCUACGUCAUCGUGGGUGUUGUGCCUGGGAACACUUCUAUCGCCAAUGGGAGGGUUAAUGUACCCAGUCACAUCUGGUCCAGUGCCUGCUGCAGGACGACCUCCAACAAGACAAAGGCUUGGGCGGCCAUUGUCGAAAACAAGGCGAAGAACAUCACGCUCCUCACGCUGGGGAAGCUGGAGGACCAGUUGACCAACUUGUAUGGAAAGGGAAAAGUUUCUCUGUUCCACAGUGCCUGUCCGCGUACUUAA